GGGCGGAAGUUAGUUGUCUGCUUCCGGAGCAGCCGAGCCGGUCGGGUCAGCAAAGAUGGCGGCUCCCGGGCGGCCGUGAGCGCAGGGGACGUUUCACCGCGACUUCUGCCUGGCCACGAUGGCGCUGAGGAGCCGGGGGCUGCUGCUGGGUGCUGCGGCCGGGAAACUCCAGGGAGCCGGAAAAGGGCUUCGUUUCAUAUCUGCUGUAGCCAGCUUCAGAACCACUGAGGGUGAAGUGGACACAAAGGAAAAUGAGAUUGUUGCCCCAGAUUUCAUCAACCGAAAUCCUCGUAACUUGGAGCUGCUGGCACUAGCAAGGAAGGAACGAGGCUGGGAAACAACAUGGCCCAAGAGAGAGUAUUGGCAUAGACUACGGCUUGAGCGGACACAGCACCAUGUGGAGGCCUUUGUUGAGCAUUGCAGUGGGAAUGUCGUUGUCUCAGCCUCCACCCGUGAGUGGGCCAUAAAGAGACUUCUGUACAGUCCCAGGGGAGUGGCGGCAUGUGAAAAUAUUGGGCGUGUGGUGGCACAACGCUGUCUGGAAGCAGGAAUCAACUUUGUGACCUUUAAAGCUGUUAUCCCGUGGGAAUAUCGCUGUGACUCGAUCCAGCGAUUCCAAAAGGCUGUGACAGAUGGUGGUGUCGUCGUGGGCGAGCCUCGAAGAAUCUAUCAAUAAAAUGAAGACUGUGGGCGAAAUUUCUUAUAAAGGACUGUCAAACAACUGCUCUCCUACAGGAGUAGGGCAAAAAAGCAAUUCAGGCCCAGAGCUAGGACAAUGUGGAGCAUAGCAUCUUAUUAUAAUAAAUAAGUGAUGCUGA